CCAAUUUGCAAACUCUUGACCUUGGAUUUAAUGACUUGACUGCAAAUGACCUUGAAUGGAUUUCUCACCUCUCUAAUUUGAGACACCUUGGUCUAUCAAAGGUCAAUCUCUCUCUAGUUGUUGAUUGGUUAUCAUCAAUAAGCAAAAUUCCUUCUUUAUCUGAACUUGAUUUCUAUGGUUGUGGACUGCAUCAAGUCAAUCUUGAAUCUAUUCCACUUCUGAAUACUUCCAUUUCUCUGAAAUAUCUCGAUCUCUCAUAUAAUGAAUUCCAAAGUAGCAUACUAAAAUAUUUUAGGAAUAUGUCUCAACUGCAAGAGUUGCAACUAAACUACAAUAAAUUGUCUAGCAAACUUAGUGACAACAUACAACAAUUGUGUUCCGCAAAAAAUGGUUUAAGGAAAUUGGAUCUAAGCGAUAACCCAUUUAUUAGAGGACCACUUCCUGAUUUUUCUUGCUUUUCAUCGUUGGAGGCAUUAUCUCUUCGAAAUGCCAAUGUUGUUGGGACAUUUCUAUAAUCAACUGUUCAUUUUCCUACUCUUCGAUCUCUAGAUCUGUCCCAAAAUCAGUUGAAUUUUGUGGAAAUCAUUGAUCAUGCAUAUCUACCAACCAUAUACUCUCUAGAUCUCAGUUUUAACCAAUUGAAUGGGUCACAACCACUAUUUGAGAUUACUAAACUUGCCUCAUUAAAAACACUACAUCUUUCCCAUAAUCAUUUGAGUGGGUCAAUUCCACAUACAAUUGGCCAACUUUCUAGUCUUGCAAAGUUGCUUCUCUCUUCAAAUAAAUUGAGCGGUGUCAUUAAUGAAACACAUCUAUCAAACUUAUCUCAAUUGAGAAUUUUGGACGUGUCUCAAAACUCCCUUUCAUUAAACUUGAGUUUGAAAUGGGUUCCACCUUUCAAGCUAGAAAGACUAUAUGCAUCAUCCUGUACAUUAGGUCCUAAAUUUCCAGCAUGGCUCAAACAUCAAGGGGAACUUGAGAUUCUUGACAUCUCUCAUAAUGGUAUUUCAGAUUCAUUUCCUAAAUGGUUUUGGAAUCUAUCUUUGAGUUUGCGAUACUUGAAUGUUUCACAUAACAUACUUAAAGGAACCUUGCCAAAAUCAUUUACAAGAACAAAAGGUAAUUAUGAUUAUGAUCAUGGGUGGGAUGUAUGGGAUUUUAGUUUCAAUAAUAUGAAUGGUUCAUUGCCUGCUUUUCCAGAACUGGGUGUUUUAUUUCUCUCAAAGAAUAUGUUAACAGGGUCCCUAUCUUCUUUUUGCACAUCCUCAUCUCAAAGUUUAAUACAAUUGGACAUGUCUAGUAAUUUUCUAGAGGGACAACUUUCAGAUUGUUGGGGAAAGUUUAAAUCUCUAGAAGUUCUAAAUUUGGCCGAAAAUAAUUUAUCAGGGAAACUACCCAACUCAUUUGGUGCUCGACGACAAAUUAAAUCACUCCAUUUAAAUAGAAACAACUUCUCUGGUGAAAUUCCAUCUUUGAUUCUUUGUCACAAAUUGCAAUUAAUUGAUGUUGGUGAUAACAAUCUUCAAGGAACUUUACCAAUGUGGAUAGGUCAUCAUCUUCUUCAGUUGAGUAAUUUACGUAUGCGGGCAAAUAAGUUCCAAGGAAACAUUCCUACAAGUCUGUGUAAUCUAUCAUUUCUUCAGGUAUUGGAUCUCUCUCAAAACAAUAUAAUAGGGGAAAUACCACAAUGUUUUGAUCGGAUAGUUGCUUUAUCAAAUUUGAGCUUUCCCAGAACAACAUUUCAACAUACGUCAUUCAUUUACUUUGUGGAAAAUGAAAUGUAUGAAACUGGCCCUUUCAUUGACAAGGAAAUAUUGGCAUGGAAAGGAUCAAACAAAGAAUAUGAUAAAAUUCUUGGAUUGGUGACUAUCAUUGAUCUUUCGUGCAACCACUUAACAGGAGAGAUACCUCAAAGUAUAACAAAACUCGUGGCAUUAGCUACUUUAAACCUUUCAAGGAAUAAUCUCACAGGAAUCAUUCCUAGCAACAUUGGUCAUAUGGAAAGGUUAGAAUCACUCGACUUGUCAAGAAACCAUCUUUCUGGUAGAAUGCCAACGAGCUUUUCAAAUUUGACAUUUCUUAAUAACAUGAACUUGUCUUUCAAUAACUUAGACGGCAAAAUUCCAGUAAGCACUCAACUACAAACUUUUGAUUCCUAUUCAUAUGUGGGGAAUAAUCGACUUUGUGGACCACCACUCAUAAAUCUUUGUCCAAGCGAUGUGAUUUCUUCAACUAGAACCAAUGAUAAACAUGUCACUAGUGAAGAAGAUGAAGAUAAGCUCAUAACCUUUGGGUUUUAUGUUAGCUUGGUACUUGGUUUCAUAAUUGGAUUUUGGGGAGUUUGUGGAACUCUUGUGAUUAAAACAUCAUGGAGGCGUGCCUAUUUCAAAUUCUUCAACAACAUGAAAGAUUGGAUCUAUGUCACUCUAGCAGUUUUUGUAAAUAGGUUGAAGAAGAGAUUCCAAGUUGAAGAUUAACCGGUAAAAGCUUCAAUUGAGACUUGAGAGAGAGUGAUAUGUCACAAUGUCUUCAUCAAUAUAUGUUCCAAUUGGAACAUGCAUUGUUCAUCCAAGAGUAUUUUUUGGCUAUCAUCUUUAAUUAUCUAUUUAUAUACUAUAGAGUGCAUGAAGACUACUUGCUUG